CAGUGAGGAUGUAGGAUGUUCUUUGUACUGUAUGUUACUAAUAUAAUUGUACAACGCUUGACUUCAAUUUUGGUUUCAAAUUGACAGACACAAUGCUUUCAUUUUCUUUUGAGCUGAUUUCUAGUUGCAUACCUUUACCUAAGGUAAAGAACUGGCAUCUCAGGAAAUGAGAAAUGAAACACUAAUGUGUGAAGUAUUUCAGGCUUCCUGAUGAUGUAACUGUGAAAUCAAACACAAUGAAAUCAAAGCUUAAGAGUUUUUACACUGUGUUUGUCGUGUAUUGAAAUCCCUGCUAUAAAACGGUAUGGUUUUAAAGCCAGCGCAAGUUGGCUUCAGAAUUGGUCCCACGCACUUUAUUUUUCUUUGCUAUUCCUUUAGGAAAGUCAGUUAAAAUGUGUAAUUUUAUACUGGUAAGACAUGUCCUUCUUUUCUCUCGAUCAUUAUUAUUCACAGGAAUGUUGUAAACAACGUUUCUUGAUUGUCCUUUCAUGUGUGUUUUUUUUGUGCCAGGCUAUUUAAACAUGACCACAUUACUGUACAUCUGGGAUCAGUAUGUCAUCGGACUUGAUAAGCCUUCCUACGACUGCGUGCCUGCAUUGAGUUUCGCUUUUCUGCAUCUUCUGAGAGACCAUCUCCAGAAAUGUAGCACAAAAGACGAGCUGGCCGCAGCGCUGCGAACUCAAGGACCCCUGCUAACAGUUGGUCAGUUUCAGAGUGUCAUCAGCAAAUAUUUUUAUGGAGACCUCUAUAGUACAUUAACCAAAGACAAUGUGGAGAGCUUCCCUGUUCUGGAUCCAACUCAAACAUUGUUUCCACCGUGGACCCACUUGUCAAGCAAUGAAAUUCCUUUGAGAACCCGACCUAAAGACAGAAGACAGGCAAGGGAAGAACGAGAGGCUCUGAGGACGAUUCACAUUGAGAAGAUGAAACAAGAGGAACGGCAUAGAAAACUAAAGGAGAAAGAAGAGAUCAGACUGCAGGAAGAAAGGUUGCAGAGACAGCUGGAAGAAACGAAACGGAUCAAUAACGAGCAGAGGCUGUACCUUGAAGAACAGCUGGCAGAGGAAAGGCAGCAUCGCUAUGACAUUCAAAAGAAAGCAGAGGAGCAGAUCGGCCUGCUGCAAGCGGAAAUCAGGAAGAUCAAGGGAGACAGACGAGUAAAACCCUGCAGCAGUCUGAUUAUUACAAGCAAUCUGCAACACUCCCUUUCUACUCUGCUCUGUGCCAAUAUGAGCAGAGCACACAAUGUUAGAAUGACCUCAUUGGCUUUUUGAUCAGGUAAAAAGGGGGCUUCUGUGUAAUCAGGGGGUUUCAAUUAUUUUGAAAUUUGAGUACUAGUGGAUUUUCACAGCUAAAUUGGAAAUAGCUUUAAAUACAGGUAUGUAAAUGUACUGGUAUUAACUGCUUUUUUUUCUUUCUUGUAGCCUUCUGUUGAUGUUUUCACUGUUAACAGUUUUGGAACCCCAUCGCCUUCCAUUGAGUCAAAGAGUCCUGUUCAAGACCGCCAGCUACCAUCACCUUUAACACAGCAAAAUACAACACAAGACAAUACAGCUUUACCUGACGGUAUGUCCAAACCUCGACAAAUUAAUGGACGUACAGCAGAAAGUGUGACCCAGGAUCUGCUCCAGCGAAUGCUGCUAACAGCUGAUACAAUCAUCAAUGGACAAAACACAGAGCGAGAGAAACUCAAUUCAGUGACAAGGGAUCAUCUUUACAGCUACAGACAAGAUGUACAAAAUGCAGAGCUUGAAGUAUUUGGUCGAUACCUUGAUCCAGAAGAAUUGAACGUGCCAGAGCCAAGUAGAACAGAAAAGCGGAUAAGGCUGGCAGCAGCAGUCAGAAGAGUGGAGGCCAGAUACAGAGCCAGAAUCACACAAGGCUGCUUUUAGCAGAGACAGUUGCCUACAUGGGUGCAACAGUUACUUGAAAUACAGUGUGCAAACUGGUUUAAAAAUACUUGCUAGUUACUUUUACACAAAUGUUUUUUAGACUUUGUUUCCCAUGUUAGGCAAGAUUAAUAAUUAAAAAAAAAAA